AUGAAUUCAACAAUUAACAAUGCAACAAUUGAUUCCAUUACUUUAACUCGCCCCUGUCCUGAAUCUUAUAGCAAAUAUUGUUACAAUAGAGGAAAAUGUUAUGCUGCUUGGGUUGGAAAUGGAAAUUUCAAACCUUUCUGCCAUUGUGCCAGAGGCUUUCAUGGACCUCAUUGUGAAUAUUUAUUCAAUCCAGACGUUUACGGCUUCAAUGUUAGUGACGAAUUGGAAAACAAGGCUUUGUCGACUGUGGCUAUCAUUUUAUUUUUGGUUAUUGUUGGUCUUAUUUGGUGCCUUAUUUUGCAUCGAAAGUUUGUUUUUUUUUGUUAGAAAUUUGGGGGUUUAAUUUGGUACAAGUUACAUUUUUUCCUCCCAUUUUUCCUUUUCAUUUAUUUUUGGGCUUUUGAGGUUACUCGAUUCUGUAACUGUUCUGCCUACGGAACUGGUUCUAUUGUUCUCCCCUCAUUUUUCCCUUUUGGUUCGAUAUCAAUUU